UUUGAGUCCUGGGUGUCUCUAAAUGGGCGCCAAUCAAGGAAAGGAUGAUACAUCUACCGGAAGUCUGCCGGACGCACUGGAGAGUGCAGAAGUCGACAGUAACACGAUGAAACAGAAACGAAAUGCCCAGGGCAAAUUAGAGAAUACAUUUGCUCUUGAUGCAGUAUCUCGUUCAGACGCUACAGAGCCAGAGGCUGGCCCUGCAGAAAAAGUGGUGACUGCGUCAUUCCACGGCACCAGUACCGGAAGCAUCAUUCGAACUAUAAACUUGUUUCAAGGACCAAAGUCUUCUGGAAAAUUGCAUACAUCACGCCAUGAGAAAUAUUAACCAGAAGCAAUGAGUAGACUUCUAGUUGGUCACCAGUUCCAAGAACAUUUUCUUUGUAUGAUAAUCAGCUAGAAAAUAAAGAAAACAGUAGCCACUGGGGCUUAUUAUGUACAUGUAAUAGAAUAAACACAUUAUGAUCUGCCAAAUAUAUUGUGAUUGAUUAUGUAGUUAAUAUGCACUCAUUACAAUGCCUCCAUUCAUGUUGCACAAUCGAAGUGGGCAAAGCCUGGGUUGGCGGACAUGGUUCUCGAAAACGGCUCUAACAAUUUUCCUAGACAUUAUCGUUGGGAAAAGAAUUACUGGUUAGUUGGCCACACCGGGAAAACUGUAGUUUGGCCGUAUAAUUUUUCAAAGUAUAAAAAGAAAUUAAUUUAAAUUUGGCCUGAGGACUAGAAAAUCUUUAUCUUGAACAGACUACACUCGCGUGUAUUUCCACAUGUAGGUCCUUUUCAAUUCAAGUGAUUAAUACAGUAAUGUUCAGGAACAUCUUGCGCACUGUCUUUUAAGUCUAGAUAUAAAGGCAUGUCAUUAGAAUAUAAUAAAGUGUAGUAGAUCUACACAUUCGCUUAACCAAGAUUUUUUCUCUGGGAGAGAAUAACAACUCUCAUUAGUUAUUGAGGGAGGUACUGUCUUUAAUUAUUUUUUUCUUGUUUUAUGUAGGCUAUACAUAACUGUGCAUAAGAUCCUGACAAUGUGCAUUAGUCUAAAAGCAAUAAUGAUCAGACAUCAGAAGUAGCCUAGAUAUUGUAUGUGUUAAAGAUAGCAUAGUGAUUAUAGGUAUUACUGUAUUACUAAUUUCAUUCAUUAUAGGUAAAUGAUUAAUGGCAAUGUCUUCUAUUCCGAGGAUCUAGGAUGAGUAGGCCUACAAUGUUUCAGUGGAUUACGCAAACACAGUUGCGACCUACAUAUUUCACCACGUCUUGUUCAGACAAAUAAAUAAUUAGACAUAUUACAAUUAGCACGAAAAAUCGGAUGAAUGAUAGUCUAGCAAUGAGAUGUGUCAGGGGCAGGAAUGGUGAGAGAGAAUGCGUUAUUUCUUUGUUACUAUUUAAGUAUGAAAGAGUUAUAUCCCUUUGUUUAUUUUUCUUGUAUGAUAGAGUGAAAUUGGUAGUCAGUUAUUUUUUCCUGGAUUGAUGUUUAUGUACACAUACCUUGAGAGUGGCUGUCAUUUUUGUGCUCUGUCGGAUAUUAAAGGAUUAU